CUUGUCUGACUGUCUUUUUUCUCAAGUGCUCUAAACAGAGCUUAGCUAAAGGACUUUUCUUUUCUUUUUCAUCACUUUGGCUUUGUGAAGUGGCCUCAAACAAGACUUACUUUUCAGGCUUUUUUCAACUAUAUCACUGAUCUCUUCCUACAAAAGAUAUAUAUAAACUGUCCACAGAACUCUCUGCAAAAAAAAAAUUCCUUUUCUACUGCCAAAAACCAAACUUAAUAUCAAAGCCAAUAACAACAACAAACAAGAGAGAAAACUGUCCCAAAUAAUGGACUUUAAUCUGAAGCAAUGGAAAAACCAACAACAGCAAAAUGAGUCAGAAGAAGAAAUACCAAUACCUUGUGCAAAAUUACCAAGACUUGUUCUUGACCUUGACUCUUCUUUUUCACAUUCUGCUUCUGAUUCUGCUCUUCCAUUAUUUGUAUCUGAACCUACCAAAUUGUCAGCAUAUCCUCUUUCUUCAGAUUCAAAUUCCACUCCCACUAAAUUUACAAGAAUGGGAAGUAGUUAUUUCAGUUUGGCACAGUGGCAAGAACUUGAACUGCAGGCUUUGAUUUAUAGACAUAUGUUAGCUGGUGCACCUGUUCCUCUUGAACUUCUUCAUCUUGUUAAGAAAAGUCUCAUUACUUCUUCUCCUUAUAAUUACUUGCCUCAAUCCUUUCAACAAUAUCACCACUAUCAACAAGCCUUGGUACAAUCGGGAUAUUGGGGAAGAACAGGCAUGGAUCCCGAGCCAGGGAGGUGUAGGAGAACUGAUGGGAAGAAAUGGCGGUGUUCGAGGGAUGUUGUUAGUGGCCAUAAAUACUGUGAACGCCACGUCCACCGCGGCCGUAACCGUUCAAGAAAGCCUGUGGAAAUCACCACAAUGGCCGCCCCCGUCCCUGCUGGCGGUGUUAACACCGCCAACAGUGGCGGCAGUGAAGUCCUUAAUGCUAGUGCACCUCAUUUUACUCUAUCCGGAACUUCACCUUCUAUUGAUCUUCUUCAUCUCAAUCAAAGGCCCUCAGAAUCCACUAUUGAGAAAAAAGGCCCAUUGGAAGUCCAAAAUGAUGUUACUGGGGAUGGUAAAUCCAGUAGCCAAAUCCUUCGUUGUUUCUUUGAUGAUUGGCCUAGACAACUUGAGGAAGGCAAUAAUGCCAGAAGCAAUGGUAGCUCUGUGGCUUCUGCCACCAGCCUCUCCAUUUCGAUGCCCGGAAACCCCUCGUCCGACUUCUCGUUAAAGCUCUCAACCGGAGAUAGACAGAAGUCUGGUGCUCGAGUCACCACGUGGGGAACGAACCAAGUGACAUCGAUGGGCGGACCACUAGCCGAGGCUCUAAGGUCAUCGACAUCUAACUCGUCUCCAACGAGCGUUUUGCAUCAGUUGCCGCGGGGUAGCACAUCAGAGGCUAGUUAUGUUAGCACUUGACUAUAAGUGCACUGUUGAUUUUUCAUGACAAUGGUGUUUUUGGACCCUACUAUAACUUCUUUUGCUUUGUUCAACUUUUUUCAUCUUUCACCUUACAAAGCAGGUGCUUGCAAUAUGGAGUUUGUAUUAUUUUGGUUUGUGUAGGUGAAAUCAUGAAUGCUUUGCUUAUUUCUUUCUUGA